AUGCCGCCCCCGGAGAAGAGCCAGGGCCCCCCGGCCCGGGCGCCCGCGGGCCGCGCUCAAGGCCGGCUGCCCGGCCCGCCGUCCCCGGCGCUGUUCUGCGCCUGCGGCCUGUGCGUGCUGCUGGCGGGCGUGAACGUGACGCUGGUGGGCGCCUUCGCUUCCUUCGUCCCGGGGCACAACGCGCCGCUCAUCUUGGGGCCGGCGCUGCUCGUGCUGGCGCUCGGCUUCUUCGCGGCCUGCUGCGUGUGUAGCCGCCGCCGCGGGCCCGCGCCCCGUUCGCGCUCGACGGCGGCCGCGGGUCCCUGCCAGGGCGGGGGCGGCGGGCGGGUGGCGCUGGAGAUGGAGAGCAGCGAGCGCACGGCGCAGGACACCACGGCCGUGCAGCUCAGCCCCGCCGCCUCGGCCGCGUCGUCCGGCCGCUCAAGCCCCAGCCCCGGCCCCUUCACCCUGGAUGCCCCCGCGCCCGCAGCCCUCUACGCGCCGCGCGCCGAUGGGGUCCGGCUCGACCUGCCCCGGGAGGGCGUCGCCUCCUAG